ACAAAGAUACUACUGCCAGCCAGAUAAUAAUCUGUCCUGAAAGAACAGGACGAGAAAUGAGUCUUUUCACACAAUAUUGAAUUGGGGAUAAAGCAGAGAUUAAGUGCAACCACCCACUGCUUUAUCCAAGGAUGAUAACUCUCCAUGGGCUAAUCUUUUGACACGCGUUGGUCCUCGGUAUGGGAUUUGGUUCUGUUGGUAUAUUCUCUAUGAGCUGAUCUAUAAAGUGUGGUACUUGUCUGAGCUUCUUUUUACACUUUCGCCCUGUACUUAUCCUUCCAUCCACUUCCCUCCUAAUCUACCUUACCAACCAUGUCUGCUUUUGUAGGGAAGUAUGCAGAGGAACUGAUCAAGAAUGCCAAGUAUAUUGCCACUCCAGGCAAGGGUAUCUUGGCAGCAGAUGAGAGCACUGGCACCAUAGGCAAGCGUUUGGCCAGCAUCAAUGUGGAGAACAUUGAGUCCAACCGCCAAGCCCUCCGCGAGCUCCUCUUCACCUCCCCCAACGCCCUUGCUCACCUCUCUGGUGUCAUCCUCUUUGAGGAAACCCUCUACCAGAAAACAUUAGAUGGGAAACCAUUCGUUGAAGUCCUCCAGGAGAACAAUGUCGUUCCUGGUAUCAAGGUCGAUAAGGGCACUGUUGAGAUAGCAGGCACCAAUGGUGAGACCACCACACAAGGGUUCGACUCUCUUGGAGCACGGUGCCAGCAGUACUACAAGGCAGGUGCACGUUUUGCCAAGUGGCGAGCUGUCCUCAAGAUUGGUCCCAAUGAGCCGUCUGAAUUGGCAAUCCAGCAGAAUGCUCAGGGGUUGGCUCGUUAUGCCAUCAUCUGUCAGGAAAAUGGGCUGGUGCCUAUUGUUGAGCCUGAGGUGCUAACUGAUGGAUCUCAUGACAUCAACAAAUGUGCUGCUGUGACUGAGACUGUGCUUGCAGCUGUUUACAAGGCACUUAAUGAUCACCAUGUGCUGCUUGAAGGCACUCUCUUGAAGCCUAACAUGGUCACCCCAGGCUCUGAUAGCCCAAAGGUAGCACCAGAGGUGAUUGCAGAGUACACAGUAACUGCACUCCACAGGACAGUACCACCAGCAGUGCCAGGGAUUGUGUUCUUGUCUGGGGGACAGAGUGAGGAAGAGGCAACACUGAACCUGAACGCAAUGAACCAGCUAGACGUAUUGAAACCAUGGACACUUUCCUUCUCAUUUGGGCGAGCCCUGCAGCAAAGCACACUCAAGACGUGGGGAGGAAAGAAGGAGAAUGUAUCAAAGGCUCAAGAAGCAUUCUUGUUGAGGUGCAAAGCUAACUCUAAUGCCACUCUGGGGAAGUAUGUUGGAGGAAGUGCUGGUGGAUUGGCCUCUGAGAGUCUGUUUGUGAAGGGUUACAAGUACUGAUACUACAAGCUUCUGCAUGACUCCAAAAUCUAAAUUUGUAUAGCAUAAAACCCUUAGUCUUCCGUCUCAGUACAUAUUCUUCAGCGACUGCUCCAGUUGUUAAUAUGAAUAUAUAGUCUUUUUUUUU